CCCUGUUCUCUGCAGACCAGGUGCUGUAGCAGAGCAGGCGUGGAAACAUUUCAUCUUUGCUUGUGACAAUUGCGUAACUUGAAAAGGUGACCUAACGGUGGGUGACUGACAAGUUUCCCACAACUUCUCAGACGGGCCUUCCACAGGCUGACCGUUGCUGGACGUACCUGACGGCAAUCCACAAGCAGACAACAUAUUAGACCUCCAUCCACUUGUAGACUGUUGCCUGCUUACCAGUGAGUUUCAUGUUGGUCUGAAGUAGCUGACAUCAACUUAUCCAAGGAUCUGAGUUUCAGCAUGGUUGUGUACCAAACUGAUGUUGUCAUGGAGCCCGAUGAAUUGGAACAGCCUAUAUUUGCAACAAAGGCACAUGUGUUCCAAAUCGACCCCGAAACUAAAAAGAAUUGGAUUCCUGCUAGUAAGACGGCCGUUAGCAUUGCAUACUACUAUGACUCUGCCAGAGACACCUACAGAAUCAUCAGCGUGGAAGGCACAAAGGCUAUUGUCAACAGUACCAUCACCCCCAACAUGACCUUCACCAAGACCUCCCAGAAGUUUGGCCAGUGGUCAGAUGCAAGAGCAAAUACAGUAUAUGGCCUGGGAUUUCCUACCGAGGCUGAUCUUGGCAAGUUCAUUGAAAAGUUCAAGGAAAUCAAGGACCUGACCAGGAGUGCCGUUCAGCAUCAGCUGCAGUCUGGAGGUAGCGAAAUCAACGGCACCACAGAUGCCAAUAACUCCUCCCCAACAGAACCGUCCCAACACCGCCAGUUCCUUCAUCAGAGGACCAACAGCCUAUCUUCAUUACCAGGUGAUGUCGGCAGCUUACGUGAGCGUCGGAACUCGUUUACUCAGGGCAGCAACAAUCUUCCUCAAGCCAGCGCCACAGAGGCACAGCUCAAGUAUGAAAACGACAGACUCAAACUUGCUCUGGCUCAAAGUUCUAGUAAUGCUAAGAAGUGGGAGGUGGAACUCCAGACCCUGAAGAACAAUAACGCACGCCUUACUGCAGCGCUACAGGAGAGCACAUCCAAUGUGGAGGAAUGGCAGAAACAGUUGGCAGCGUACAGGGAGGACAACUCUGUCAUGAAGAAGAAGGUGGCAGAGAUGGACCAGAAAGGUGGUGGUGGAGCCAAUGAUCGGACAGAAGCAUUGGAAGAGCAAGUGCAGCAGAUGCAAGUGCAGAUUGAGCAACUAAGGGGAGCUAACUCCAUCAAAGAUGAGGAGUUAGAAAUGCUCCGCCAACAAGUAGAGGAUCUAUCCAGUAAGGAGACCAACUCCACCACCCUGCAGGCUCCUAUACAGAGUCUGGAGGAGGAGAACCACAGCCUGUCCCUCAAGGUCCAGGACCUGCAGAGGCUUCUCAACAACUCCAAGGUCACCCAGGACGCCGAUUCCAGGGAACUUCUUUCAGUUCAGACUCAACUGGGAAAUAAAAUCACAGAGCUGUAUGAGCUUCAUGAACAAAUAGUGUCUAUAGUGAAGAAAGAGUCGACCAGCUAGCCGCUGGCCCUGCUGGAUGUUCACAUAAUACACUGGUGUGGCCUUCUUCUUCCGGCAGAUAUAGGGGAACAUCUUCUGCUGGAGUUCAUUUACUGAUUGACUAAUGAUAGGUUUUAUCAUAUGUGGACCACUCCAUUUUGUCUCCUGACCUCUUUGAAUGUGUUAAUACAAAAGUGUAUUGGGAUGUGUUCAGAGGAUUAUGUUUUUGUGGGUUUUAUAGUGGGAGGUGUAGUUCAUAUUGUUCAACAAGGACUUUCAAUGUGUCCAUGUGAAGUAUUUUGGAUGAUGAUCUGAGGUUCAUUGUUUUAUGGUUAUAAUUUAUUUUGGAACCAGUUGGUUGUGCAACUAUGUUAUACUUGACAUUAUUUAUAUAUUAUCAUAUUAAUGUUAAUUAUCAUAUCAUUCAGUUUAUGAAUCGGUUUUGUUUUUGAACCCAGAAAAGGUUUUCUGCUUUGUGACACAUGUGUGAAUUCCAUUAUUCUUCACACUUAAAACUUGUGUUGCAAAUAGAUGUUUCCUAGUCAGGAGAGUCUACUUAACAAAUGUCGGUGUUCACUAAGCAAAAAUGAUUUAUUUCAAACAGAUAUACUGCAUUUAAGUGUGGGUUCCGAGGGGGAAGAGAUUGUAAAUACUGGUGUGUUUAUAAGCAACAGUUGGGACACCAUUCAGUCCCCCUGCUGUUGGUAUAAUGUAUAUCUAUAUACUAGUAUAUGUCUAUGUGCCAUAGUUAUGAAUUGUUUACAUUAUUUUAUUGACCGAGAGUAAGCAUCCCUUAUCCACUGAGGUACUCUGGUUUGGUGUUCAGUCUUAUCAUGAUCGUUUGUCCAUUAGAAACUGUGCAUGUGCAUUUCAAUGAUACUUCUGUGACUUUGGACUUUCAAGCUGAUGCGUCAUGUCGUGAUGGUUUAAAUACUUUGGGAAGCAGUGAGGUAUACACUCUGUCUUACAAGGCCAAAGCUCUGAAUUCAUUGGUUUAUGUUUAUGAGUAAAAGUGGAUGAAAAGUGUCAAGUUGCUAACUUGUCUGGUGAUGUGUAAAUGGAGGACAUCCAACCGGCUGGAUGGGAGAAUGUUUCAGUUUGUUUUCAUCGAAUCAAUUAUAGUUAAUAAGUGCCCCCUCAGCUGCAGAACAGUUUCACAUACUGCAGUCAACAUAUUAAGCACACUGCUCCUCCUCAACCAACUUCUGAAAAGGUCUUUUAAUGACAGUUUAUAUUUCCUUGUAUGUGUUAGCUUUGUUUGACCAUGUCAAAGGGGUAUAUAGUUGCCAAGUAACUAUUACCUUAACAGACAACAAUCUUUAACAAAACUUUUAAUUCACUAUUUGUGAUUUUUAUGAGCAAGCAGGGCUAUUGACAAAUCCACUGGUACACUUUAGAAUGUUAUGAACCUCUAUCAACAUGUAAGUAAUGACCACAAAACCAUGGCGGCUUAGUAUGUGUGCAUGUGAAGUCAUGAUUGUUUAUCACGGAGUCUCCUCUAGAAACAAUCUGCAGAUGCCAUAUUGGGAGAGGAACUGUCAUACAUGUCUGCAAUACUUCUCCUGGAUGUGUGUACCUCAGAGAAGCUGCCAUGUAAAUCCCUGCUAUCUGCAUGACUUUCUUGUGAUAACAGACCUGUUGGUUGAAUCAUGAUAGCUGAAGAGAACAAACUAUUAUUUAUCACUUAGAGUCACAUGAUGUUACUCGUACUUAAUUAUGUGUUAUGUUUAGUGAUGUUAUUGCUUACACUUCAGUUGUUGCAAAAUCAUGUGACAGUGUUCAGUAUUUUACAUAACCACUUUACAGAAAGAAUUUCUUUUAUGUAUCUAUGUUGAUGUGUAAUAUGACUGUCAGUGGCAUUGUACAACAGGGCAUGAAGCUUCAGUUGAGAGGUAGGGUACUCCGAAGUCGUAAAUAUUCACAUAAAUAUGGAAGCUGAUGUGGGGAUGUUGGUAGAUGUCUCAGUACUGGGGAUUAUGGGUACACCAGGGUGUGAGCCUGAGGCCACACAGUCCUACUCUGUAUUGGGUUUCCAGCAGGUGUAUCCUGUCUAUGGACAUAAUGGAGAUGUCGACUUCAUGCUUUAAACGUUUUGCUGUGAACACAUGGUCGUCCAAAAGAAUGUGCCUUGUGAAUGGAAAGUAGUUUCAGUAGACAGCUGAAGGGAGUGAUAUGAAUUAAUAGUUGCAGUAAGAGCUUUGCUAAGACGUGAGGACCUUAAAGGAGGUGUUUGAGCAGUGAGGUGCCUGAACUGAAUUAUUUUCCAAGUCUAAAUUUCCUCAUUUGGGCUUUUCAAUUUAAUUCGGAUUAUUUGUUGCUAUCAAAAUUAUAUAUAUUCAGAGUGUUAGUCUAUGAGGUGCCUUAGAGCAGAUCUGUCAGCACUUACACCCUGUAAGAACAUCUUUGAACACCAAGGGUCUCAAAGGGGUUGUUUGAGAACUGAUGACCUUAAAGAAGAUUAUUGAGCACUGAGGACCUCCCUGACUGUCCAUGAAGUAAUACUUGUAUCCAUUGGGGGCCCAUGCGGGAAAAGGUGUGAACUUGAUUCCAACAAAGAACUGAUUCAAUUGUGAGCUUUGUUAUGAAACAAGUAAUAAGCCAGGUGCAUAGCAAGCCGAUUUUUUCAUGUAAGCCCGAUAGGUUGCAAAGCUUGUUAUUUAGAUAGUAUUGAGGACUUGCCCAACCUUUUUAGCAACAAUCAUGUGUAAGCCCGGGCUUUUUUUUAUAAUGGUAGUUACGCCCCUGUAAGCCUUUGUUUCCGACCUUUUAUUUUCUAGAUAUGUAAGAGAAUAAUUUAUCCAGUCAUAUUCAAGGAGGUUGUGAUAUGUUUGUGAUGAGAAUGGACCCUUGUAGUCCCAGCACCGAGACUGUAGAGGGAAGCUGUAUCCUGAUGCUCCUGUGUGUCACAGGGUUAAAUACUCAUAUGGUUGAUAUUAAAUCGCCUAGCAACCAGCAUGAUCCAGUGCAAGACACACUUUCAUGCCACAUCAUGACUAGAUAGAUGAAAUUUAUGAUUGUGUUUCCUCAUUUAAUGUUUCCCCGUUAACUGCCAUUGUGUUGUAAAGAUCUGAUGAUUUCUCUCAAGGCUAUCUCAUGAAACUACAAAACAAAUCCUCCAAUGAACAAUUCCAAACUAUUUUAUGUAGGACAAGUUUAUUUUGUAUUUUUGUCUUGUUUUCUACUUAAUCAGUAUUGUCAUAUACUGCACCAAUACUUACCUAAGUAUUUAACCGUGUGUAAACUCGUUAACUCAGGUAGGACAAAGAUGGUGGAGAUACACAUUAUGGCAGUAUUCAGGAGGUUGUGGGUGGGAGGGGUAUCUCAGAUUAUAUCAUCUUAUGUCAUAUAUAUUUUUGUAACUUCAUUUGAUAAUAAUGUUAUAUUUUGUAAUAUUUUUUAUUAUCAAAUUGAAAAUGUGUAAUCAAAAUACUUUGUCAGAUUUCAACAAAACAGCUGUUUGAGUCAUAUGAACAUCAGUCUACACACUCAAUAUUUUAACCCUAUACAGGUCUUUUAAUGAGUACUCAUCUAUAAAUACAGUAAUAUUAUUCUCUU